GUUCACGGUGUUACUAUCCUUUAUUAUUGCAAAGGCGAACAGCAUGUCCGAAUCACUUUUAUCGGAGUUCCCCCAAGGUGUCUCCGAUGCCAUUCAAUACGAGCGCUCUCUGUGGGCACACAGUGCCGAAGAGGAUGCCGCAUUCUACUCGGUGUCUGGAAUAGACAUGGCCUCUGCUCAACCGGGAACACCGAUCAAAGUGCAAGAAGAUGCAAACGUGCCACAGAACUAUACUCUUCCACCUAAUACUGCGGUAUCACGAUUCAUCUAUGUAUCGGAGAGUCUAUCUGGAGAACGUCGUCCUGUUUCUGGCUAUGUCUUGUGGCCUUAUAUGCCUCGUCUGGAUGCGAACGGCGGAAACCAAGUUGUUGCCUGGGCUCAUGGCACAUCAGGAACAACAGUCUCAACUGCCCCAUCCAAAUUCAAAAAUCUUUGGAACCAUUUUAUCGCUCCCUACCAAUUAGUUCUUCAGGGCUACGUCGUAGUAGCCACGGAUUAUGCUGGUUUGGGUGUUGGUAAAGACCAGAAUAACCACUCGAUUGCCCACGAUUUUUUUGCCUCUUCUAGUGUAGCCACCGACGUUGUUUAUUCUAUUCAAGCUGCAAAGAAAGCUUUUCCUCAACUCUCUGAAUCGUUCGUUGUGCUUGGACAUAGCCAAGGAGGUGGCGCUACUUGGGGUGUCGCCCAGAAACACGCUGUAUCUAAAAUUCCAGGUUAUCUCGGUGCCAUAGCCAUCUCCCCAGCCACCAGUGUUCUUGAUAAUCCUGAGCCCUUCGGAAGUCUGAUAGCUGCAACCAUGGCUCCCGGAAUUGCAGCGUUAUAUCCGGAAUUCGACUACAAUGAUUUCUUUACGCCUGACGGCCUAGAACUGUUCCAGAAAAUCGUCAAACUUGAUUGCGCCUCUUCUACAACCAUACCAAUAUUACUCACGCUUGCUGGCAACUUACUAAAGCCUGACUGGACAUCUAAUGAAUGGCUUUUGAAGUACGACAAUCUGACUGCGAAUGGUGGACGAAAGAUUUCUGGACCUCUUCUUGUAAUCCAAGGCGACAAUGAUCCAAUGGUCAACUAUAAUAACACGGUGAAAAAACUUGGGGCUGCACUUGAUCUAUCUCCUACAUCUCACGUUCAACUUUUCCGCCUCCCAGGGACCUCACAUACCCCUGCUGUAACAGGCUCUCAAAGAAUAUGGAUGGAUUGGAUUGCAGAUCGAUUUGCUGGAGUUCAACUUCAACCUUUUGAUAAGAAUGCAAGUUUUACUAGUGUAGUCACUCCCGCCAGAAAUUUGUCAAGCUACGUACCAGAACUUAAUUGGUUUGUUGGGCCUGCAACAGAACCUUAUCAAACCCCAUGAUUCUGCUUCAUACUCAUCACUUCACUCUAUUUAUCGGUUUCUCUUUCUAGGAACGAAAUAUCUCGGGUUUAAUUUGCUGAUUUUCCUGAUAUUGGACUCAUACAGUCGUGGAUGCCUUGACUAGAGGGUCGAGAAAUUCUUGAGUAGUUAGGAGGAUGGAUGGAGGAUUCAUAAUUAUGUUCACGUUUGCCAAGAGAAAAUCACUACCUCUAGACA